UUCAAUCUACAAAAAACUCUCAAAAAACGUAACAAAAAAGUAAUUUUCAAAGAAUUUUUUGAUUAAAAAACCAAGCAUUUCAUCAGUAUUUGGCAAUGUUAAAUUUUUAAUUUCCACUUAAAUUAUCAAGUAAAACAAAAAUGAAAACCCGAUUCAAUUCUUUUGACAUCGUCUGCGGUGUAACCGAAUUACAAAAGCUCGUUGGACUACGUGUUAACCAAAUCUAUGACAUCGAUAACAAAACAUUUCUCAUACGUCUACAACAACACGAAACAAAAUGUGUUCUCUUAUUAGAAUCUGGAAUUCGUUUCCAUACAACCGCAUUCGAAUGGCCAAAAAAUAUGGCACCAUCCGGAUUUAGUAUGAAACUUCGUAAACAUUUAAAAAAUAAACGAUUAGAAAAGUUGACCCAACUCGGUGUCGAUCGUAUUGUUGAUUUUCAAUUUGGUAUGAAUGAAGCCGCUUAUCAUAUAAUUUUAGAAUUAUACGAUCGUGGUAAUAUCAUUCUAACUGAUCAUGAAUUAAAUAUUUUGUAUAUACUUCGUCCUCAUUAUGAAGGCGAAGAAGUACGAUUUGCAGUGAGAGAAAAGUAUCCCACUAAUCGAGCUAGAGAAGCUUCGGAAGUACUAACUGAAGAUAAAGUUAGGGAAUUGCUUGCUACAGCGAAAGCUGGAGAGAAUCUAAGAAAAGUACUCUUUCCUUAUUUGGAUUGUGGUCCACCGAUAAUAGAACAUGUUCUAACUAAGAACUCUCUUAUCGAUUGUGUGUUUAAAGGAAACACAGAAGAGAUAGAAGAGGCAGAAAAGCCUGACCAGAAAAAGGGUGGUCGUAAGCAAAAGAAAAAGGAGGCAGGUUCUGGUAAUACUCGUCCAUUUGAUAUGGACGCAGAUUUGCCAAAACUUAUGCAAGCAAUUCAAGAUUCUUAUGAUAUUCUUGCCGAAGGUCGAAUUAAUUCACCUAAAGGUUAUCUCGUUCAGAAAAAAGAAGCCAAACCUACGGAAGCUGGGGAACCAGAAGAGUUCCUUUAUCAGAAUCUUGAAUAUCAUCCGUAUAAGUUUUUACAAUUUAAUGGUCGACCUUAUACGGAGCAUGAUUCGUUUAUGUUUGCAGUCGAUGAGUUUUAUUCGACGCUAGAAGGUCAAAAGAUCGAUAUGAAGACAUUGCAUCAGGAACGAGAGGCUUUAAAGAAACUCUCCAAUGUUAAAAAAGAUCAUGCUAAACGUCUUGAAGAACUGACUAAAGUUCAAGAAGUUGAUAAACAAAGAGCUGAGUUGAUUACACGCAAUCAGGCAUUGGUUGAUAAUGCUAUAUUGGCUAUUCGAAGUGCAAUUGCUAAUCAAAUGUCUUGGCCAGAUAUUCAUGAAUUGGUUAAAGCUGCUCAGAAAAAUGGUGAUCCAGUUGCGAGCACUAUUAAGCAACUUAAAUUGGAAAUAAAUCAUAUAUCAUUGUUAUUGGCUGAUCCUUAUCGAGUUCAACCAUUAGACGACGAUGAAGAGGAUGAUGAAGAAGAUGAAGAUGAUUAUAUACCAACAAUGGCAGUAGAUGUUGAUCUUGCUUUGUCAGCUUGGGCAAAUGCAAGAAAAUAUUACGACCAAAAACGCAAUGCAGCUAAAAAAGAACAAAAAACAAUUGAUGCUUCGCAAAAGGCUUUAAAAUCAGCUGAGAGAAAGACUCAGCAAACGCUGAAGGAUGUCCGAACUAUAUCGACAAUUUCGAAAGCUAGAAAAGUCUAUUGGUUUGAAAAGUUUUAUUGGUUUAUUAGUUCGGAGAAUUAUCUGGUAAUUGGUGGACGUGAUGCACAACAAAAUGAAUUGAUUGUUAAAAGGUACAUGCGUCCAACAGACAUAUAUGUUCACGCUGAAAUUCAGGGUGCUUCAAGUGUGGUUAUAAGAAAUCCCACCGAGGGCGAAGUACCUCCUAAAACGCUUCUUGAAGCCGGCACUAUGGCAAUAUCAUACAGUGUUGCAUGGGAUGCAAAGGUUGUCACAAAUGCUUAUUGGGUUAAAAGUGACCAAGUCAGUAAGACAGCACCAUCCGGUGAAUACCUUGGUACUGGUAGCUUUAUGAUUCGUGGUAAGAAAAAUUUCCUGCCACCCUGUCAUUUGAUAUUAGGUUUGAGUCUGCUCUAUAAGCUGGAAGAUAGUUUCAUAGAAAAACAUAGGGGUGAACGAAGAGUGCGUACAUUCGAUGAUGAAGGUGUUGCUGCAGAUAAACUCAAAGAAAUGACAAUUGAAAAUGAACAACUUGAACCAGUUACUGAAGAUGUUGAAAUAGAAUUAGAAGCUUCCGAUAAUGAGGAUUCAAAGAAAAACGAAGAGGAAGAAAAGCAUUCUGCAGAGAACACCGACAACGAAGAUGAUAAUGGAAUCACUUUUCCAGAUACCGAAGUGAAGAUUGAACAUGAUACUGGAAAAGUUAUAAUACGUCACGAUUCGCGAGUUGAGCCAACGCCAACAACUGCCAUUGAAAUCAUCAAAGCCAGCAGCAAAGAGGACGAAGAUGAUAAACCUUACAUCAUUCCAGCAGUAGCUCCACGAAAAAAACAACAACAAAAUGCAAAGAAACGCAAGGAAGAGAAACAAAACCAACAGCAGCAAAAACAACAACAACAACAAGUUAAUAAUCAAAAGGAAGACAAUCAAUCGAAUCAAAUGAAACGAGGACAACGCGGCAAAUUGAAGAAAAUCAAAUCAAAGUACAGGGAUCAGGAUGAUGAAGAACGUCAACUUCGAAUGAAUAUUCUCAAAUCAGCUGGCAAGGAUAAAGCAAAGGUUGAUUCGAAUAAGAUCGAAGAAGAUACCAACAAACUGAACAAAAUGAAGCGUCAAUUUGAGCCAAGACAACCCAAUAAUAUUGAUGGUGACGAAGAUACUGAAGAUGUGACCGUGAGUGCAGAUGUUGAUAUGUUGGAUUCGCUCACUGGAAAUCCAUUUGAAGAAGAUGAAUUGCUGUUUGCUAUUCCAGUUGUAGCACCCUAUCAGGCUUUGCAUAAUUAUAAAUACAAAGUGAAACUUACACCAGGCACUGGAAAACGUGGUCGAGCUGCCAAGACAGCUAUAUUAAUGUUCUCAAAGGACAAAGUAUGCACGAUUAGAGAAAAAGAUUUACUUAAAGGCAUCAAGGAAGAACAACUUGCUCGUAAUAUGCCUGGAAAAGUAAAGUUAUCCGCCCCACAACUUCAAAAGUUUAAGAAAUAAAUACAAAAAUAAAGUAAAUAAAAGAAACUGUUAUGUUUUGAGCAAGUUCGCAUUUUAUAUAAACAAAACCUGCUGAAUUUGCAAUGGGUAUAUCUUUGGAAUAGUUUAAUAAAUAUUAAAUAUAU